AUGUCAGCCGUCCAAGUCUUGUUUAACGCAACUCCCAACAUCUCUAUAGCACCAGAGUCCAAACGCAGAGGGAGCUGGGUCCCCAUUAGGCGCAAAUCAGAAUGUCCACUUGACGUUUCCAUCGAUAGGCAUUUUGAAGCCAAGAUUUACACAUCAGGCUCUACCAUCACAGGAUCGGUCUCACUCUCACCUCAAACAAGUAUCACCGUCGAUGCAUUCGAAAUAGUAUUUACUGGCACCUCAUCCACCAUUGUCCAGAUGCUGCAUCAAGGGUCUACACCCAAAUCUUCUCAUAAAUUCCUUCUACUGAAAAUGCCAAUCCCCGAGAGUGCCCUACCAGAAAAUGGUGUGCUUGAGGCUGGCUUCACCUACCAGGUCCCAUUCUCAUUCGUUAUUCCCUAUCAACUUCCCAGCGCAGCUUGUAAACAUCGCGACCCGACAAUUCGGGAACGACACUUACACCUACCUCCAACCAUUGGAUCCUGGGAGCACGAUGACAUGGCGGUUCACACUAUCAAUAUCAAUUACGCCGUCGAGGCUCGUGGAUCGUUCCAGACAGGCAAAGGCAAAUCCAUGACCUUGGAGAGAACGCACCCGGUCAAAGUCAUGCCUUUUGUACCCGAGCAGCCUCCUCUGCAUAUUGUGCCUGGCAACCCUCGUUACAUACUCUCCCAAGAAAAGACAAUCCGAAAGGAUAUCCUUUCAUCCAAACUGGGCUUUAUCAGAGCGUCAACCGGCCAACCUGACUCUGUCAUCAUCACAUCCGAUAAACUUCAGCCCGCAGACUGCUCAUUGAACAUUGAUCUCGAAUUCUGGCCAAAUGGCAAGAAGGAACCACCAGAGAUAUAUGCUAAAUCAGCUGCCAUCAAAGCAUCCACGUACUACUCAACAGGGCAUAUGAGUUUCUUGCCCGACCAACACAACUUCCCCAGCGUGAUGCCAAACCCUAUUCUCAGUUUUGUUCUUGAUGAAGAUGCGACAGUCAGUUCAUCAUCCAAGCCUGCCUGGGUACAAACAUCCUCUUCACCAACACCUUCACCGUCAGUCUCUCGCAGAGGCUCGGAAAACCCAGACAUAGGUACUGAGCCAUCAAGAAUCACCUCCAGACGAGGCUCCAAGACCAGUGAUAUCAUGAGGUCAGAAGCGCCAAGAUAUACAGCCACACUGCCCAUUUCCAUUACGCUGCCAAGCCCCGAUAACAAGAUUUUACUUCCUACCUUUCAUUCCUGUCUCAUCAGCCGCACAUACGUACUUGAAGUAGUUUUGGCUUCGCGAGCCCACGGCUCAAGCUUUACGCUACGUCUCCCUUUGCAGAUCGCCGUUGAAGGACAAGGUGAAACUGGUGUCAACCAUGUACCAACCUAUGUUCAAGCGAAUCAAGAUCUUUUCGAUACCCUUCCUACUUACAAUAUCGGAUAUUGA